UUCUUGCCAGCUACUCGGGACCUUCAUUUUAUACAGAAACGAACUUUACAACAAAGAGGUACAAGAGAAACAUUUCUCCUGUCAUCCCUGGGUUACCUGUAACUGUGCUGUAGCUGUGCGAUCCGGUCGAGAUAUUUUUACUGUAGACGUUUGUAGAGGAGAAAAGGCAAUAAUCAAUUUUCCACUCUGUGAUGACAAAAUACUGAAAGUCAGAAAGCAAAGUGAUCGUGUGUAUAAGGUCGUACUGCCAACAGGAACCAUCGUUGAAAUUUCAAUUAGAACUUGGAAUAGAGUUUUGAUUCUAGACGUAAUAAUCACAGCGUCAGCAUCGGAUGUGAAGAACAGUCGCGGCCUGUGUGGAAUAUUAGAUGGAAGCUCUGAUAAUGAUUUUCUUGGGCCAGACAACGUUACCACAUACUAUGACAGUGAUAGUUUUUCCAGAUCUUGGCUGGUGAACGACAAUGAAAAUUUAUUAAUUGAAAGCAACGCCAUGUACAAAGGACUGAAGUCUAUUUCACAUACUCUGACGCGAGUUUGUAACUGUACAAAUGCUACUGGUGAAUGGAAAAUAUCCUGCAAUUAUGGAACACACAAAGAUUGUAAAUUUAACACAGGAAAACAAUUUUUCUGUGUCUUGAAUCAAGAGGGAUCACGACGGCGGAAACGGGACCUAACUUAUCUAUAUUCAAAAGCUAUUGCGGAAGAAACUUUUAAUUUUGGACCAUUGAAUGCAAGGAGGAGGAAAAGACAGACAGUGAUGUCUUUUAUGGAAGCAAAAAAUGUUUGUCUGACGGCGUUUGAGAAAUCUGUACCGUUUAGGAACUGCAAAAAGUAUGUCUCAAGUUUGGGCAACUCUUCACUGUCUAGCUGUAUUUCAGAUCUCAGAUUUACAGGAGAUGCAAGCUUCACGGCAAUUCACGUAGAGGUGGCCCUAGAACAAUGUUCAACGUUUAUCGUACUUAAUUCUACCUUUCAAGAAGUCGAGAAAGAUAUAACACACCAAAUACAAUCAUUAUGCCCUUCAAACUGCAGUGGAAAUGGUGUCUGUAAUAAAGGAAACUGCACAUGUAACCCUAGAUAUGCCGGAAGUGACUGUUCCUUUGAUUUACUCGGUCCUCCUACAAUAACUCUGAUCUCAAACUUUGGCUUCUGUGAUAAAUCAGAGGAAGAUUGUGAUGAAAUAACUCUCUAUGGCAGAUAUUUCUUGGAGAAUAUGAAUACACGUUGUUACACAACUAGAAGAAGGAUCACAGAAAAUGGUUCCUCUGUGAUGCUUGAUUACUUUGAAAAAAAUUUAGAGGAGAGAACCCUGUUUGAAGGAUAUUGUCCAUUGGAAUAUGCCACCACACCAACUUGGGUGACAUUUUUUACGUUUAACGUCUCAAAUGAUGGCAGACACUUCACAGAGAACUACAACGUGUACACAUACCAAUCUUUGUGUCAGGAAUUCCAUAAUGAUAGUGGGAAAAUAUCAUUCACUUUUAAGGACGGCUACUGUUUUGUUGAUGGCCGUUGCAUUGCCAAUGGUAAAAGUAAUCCUAAAAAUGAAUGUGACAUUUGCAAUGUUGCCAAGGAUAAAUACAGCUGGACAUUUAAUGAGGGACAUUGUUAUAUAAAAGGGAGAUGCAUUGCAGACGGAGAAGUGAAUUUAGCAAAUCUGUGCGAAGUUUGUAAUACGUCAAAAAGCUUAACAUCCUGGUCAAUUAGCUCAGACUUUUGCUUCAUCAAUAACACCUGUAACUUUGAUGGCGAAAAUAGAGAAAACAAAGAAUGUGAAAUUUGCAACAUCAUUAAAAAUAGACAUGGAUGGACAUUUACUGAAGAUGAAUUUUGCGUUAUCAAUGGAAGUUGUGUCCGUAAAGACGAACAUGCUGCUGAACAAGAAUGUAAAGUUUGUAACCCCGCAUUAAAAAUAAAUGACUGGUCAUUUGAUUCAGGCUGUAGUAUAACACCAAAACGAACAAGUACAGAGUUUACAACUAGUGAAUCUACGAUUGCGACGACGGAAUCGUUUAUAUCCACAACAGCCAACGAGUCAACAAAAUCCCAAAAAAUCACAACCGAACUUACAAAGUCAUCCGAAACACCUGUGUCAACAGCAUCUUCCGAAACAAGUACAACUGAAAUUAAAUUACCAACAACAAAAACAACAACACAACCAUUGACAACAAAAGCGCCAACGGACGUGAAAAAAGAAACAACAGAGAUUGGUUUAAAACCAACAACAACAAAGGAACCAAUGAAGAAAAAAACUACAAAAAUAGAAAUAGAACCAACAACAACUAAGGCGCCAAUGAAUAAGGAACCAAAAGAUACAACUGUUGAAAUAAAAACAACAAAGGCACCAAUAGAGAAAACAACGAGAAAUACAGAGAGAGAACCAGCAUCGACCAAGGAAUUAAUGAAUAAUGAAACAAAAAAGACAACUGUCGAACCGAAAACAACAAAGGAACCGAUGAAAGAGACAACAAAAACAGAAAUAGAACAUACAACAACAAAGGCAUCUAUGAAGAAAACAACAACUAUGAAGGAAACGAAAAAAGAAACAACAGAGACAAUUGUAGGAACGACUUCAAGACAUGCACAAAUAAAGAAAGAAACAGCUAAGAAAGAAGUAUAUCAGACAAUAACAAAGGCACCGACUAUAGAAUCGACGAAAAUAACAAAUGCACCAAUGAAGAAAGAAACAAUAAAGGCAGAAAUAGAACCAACAACAAAUGCAUCAAUGAAUAAAGAAACAGUCAGGACAGUUGUCGAACCGAAAACAACAAAGGCACCAAUGAAGAAAGAAACAAUAAAAACAACUUCUCAUAUCUCAAAAGGAUUCUCACGACAAACAAAUUUUACUGAAGUUUUAACUUCUUUUUCAACAUGUAAGAAUUUUAAGUUUAUUUUAUAA